UCAAAACCCUAGAAUCUUUAUCUUCUUCAAAUUCGUCUCUGUGAAAAUGUCUGGCCGCGGAAAGGGAGGCAAGGGAUUGGGAAAGGGAGGAGCCAAGAGGCACAGGAAGGUUCUUAGAGACAACAUCCAGGGAAUUACCAAGCCAGCUAUUCGUAGGCUUGCUCGCAGGGGUGGUGUGAAGCGUAUCUCUGGUUUGAUCUAUGAGGAGACCCGUGGAGUUCUUAAGAUCUUUUUGGAGAAUGUGAUUCGUGAUUCAGUUACCUACACUGAGCAUGCUAGGAGGAAGACUGUUACUGCUAUGGAUGUUGUUUAUGCCCUCAAGAGGCAGGGAAGGACUCUCUACGGAUUUGGUGGUUAGAUCAGUUGUUAGUUAGUAGAUGUAGAUCUGAUGGAAAUUUCUGCUGUUUCUGUGUUUUAGUUUCUAUUUAGUGUUGUUCUACUUCUUAUGCUCUCUAGAUAUUGUAAUUUCUCAUUACAUAUUCAAUGAACAGCUGCUCAAUUUCUAGAAAUUACAAUGGUUGUUCUCCAGCUGACUAUUAUUGUUGUUAAUUGAUUGAAAUUACAUAUCCUGUUUUUGCAACCAUGGGUUUGGGU